GGCAAGGUUCACAGCGUGAAGGAUAGCUCUGGCUUCGGUUGUGAAAGUUCAAGUACAGAAAGAUGAAUAAUUUUGCAUGUUCGAGUUAGAAAUGGGCCCAAACGCCACUAGUAAGAAAUCGUUAAAAGCCUCUUGCGACUUUAAAACACUUUUUACACUUUCCAAUGCCAUUUGUGUAAAUGGAACAACGUAAUUUAGCAUAAAUGAAUUUUAUUUACAUUUUCUUCUUCUCUUCCUGCAAUUCAGCAAAUCAGCAACAGAUGAUUCACUGUGUUAAGUAAAAGAAUUUCGUGUUUUUUCUUUACAAUUAUAACUAAUUACAACUAUUGUAACUAAACAACAACAACUUAUCGCUGAUAAAAACGCAGACCAAAAAAUAUUUACUAAAUUUAUUGCACGUAUAUGACAGAGGAUCCAUUUAUUUUUGGUACAACGAUAUGGAAGUGGUUACACGAGUGCACUUGCCAUGCCAGUUAAUUUCACGAUAUCCCCUGGCAAAACGGAUCAUUAAAACGCGAACAGGCACCCGCGCAAUUAUACCCACACUGCAAGAGUUAUAUGAAAUCUAUGGCCCGUAGACCCCAUUAACGGAACGUUUCCAGAUCUCUUUGCACUAUUUAUUGUUUCCGCAUAUUUUGGUUUACUUUCCGGAAGGGCGUACUCAUCAGUUAGGACUCAACGUCCUCUCUUGCUUAACUUUCCGUAGGCAUAUGCGCCAUCAUUGCACUCCUGCGUCGGCAUCCCUCAUGUAAAUUCAACACAAGAGGUUUUCCUAAGCAUAUGCGAGUUAAAUUGUGUGUGUGUGUGUGUGUGUGGGCACGUUGACCCCACGGUGCUUCAAACUUUUAUUUUAGGCAACCAUAAGCCUUCUUCUCUUCGAAUCUUUAAUGCGAAGCCAGACAUCGUCAUCAUCAUCCCCUUCCAAGAUAUAUGCAUCGGUAUUUAUGCCAGAUUUAAGCCUUCUACCUUCGUUUCUGCGAUUGUGAUGAUUUUACAAAGAUUAUAGAUCGAAUUGACCGCAUAGAGAUGCAAAAGACAUCGCUAGUUCUAUUAGGGUUCAAACAAUUGUUGAACAUAUUGAUCUCUUUUAUAAGCGCGUGAGACCUUAAAAGUUCGGCUUGUUUUUUCACUGUCCUAAGGAGCUUAAGUUACACGCAAUAAAUUGUUUGACUUUACUAUCAUCAAACUUAAGUCAUGACAUUUUUCAACACCUAAAACAACUCUUAUGGGUAUUUUUUUUUUUUUUUAACUUUGCAUAUCAAUUAAUCAUCAUUUACUUUUAAAAUUACUAUUUAUAACUGCAAUUAUCUAUGAUUAUAAUUAGUGCCGCUUCCUAUAGGCAUACAAAACUAUUCUUUGAAAUCGAUCGUAAUCAAUUAGUGAUUGGAAAGAAUUGUUUUCCUAAUCAUUAUAAUUAAUUAUACGUUCGUUUCGCUUAUUUAUUAUCAUCCCAGUUAUAAUAUAUUAUUAGAGAAAAAUGUUUUCUAAUUUAAAUUUCUUUUUGUUUUUUUCCAUAUUUCUUGCAGAUUAUCAGCAUUACUUAAUACAAAUUUUUGUAUUCAACGAAUAUUUAAUAACAGUAUUAAUAUUCAGAGCAGUCGACGCAAUGGGUUUCUAUACAAUGUCGCAACUUGAUUUACCACAAUUGUGGUAUACAGUGAUUAGCGGCCAUAGUGUUAAUUACAUUUUAAAAGAGAAGUUCACUUUAAAUUUGAACAAUGCGACCACCAAUGCAAAAAAGUACAUUGCAGCAAAAUGAAGCGAACCGUUUGCAUCAUCAUAUUCAACAACAACAGCAACAGCAGCAUCAACAACAACAACAACACCACCAACAACAACAACAACAGCAGCAGCAGCAGCAACAGCAACAACAACCAAAGCAUUAUCAAACUGCAUUUGUAGGAAGUCCGCAUAAUCAUAUACGUAAAUCGAAAUUGGAGCAACGUGAAUUACUCGUCGAAAAUCAACUACUUAAUGCUUGUUCAACUGUUAUUCAAACCAUACCAACAACAAUACAGACAACGCAAUCAGAUGCAGCUCUAAGACAACAGCAUCCAAUUGAAUUUUACCGUAGACCAAAAACACAGGUUAUUAAUGAAUUUGAAGAUAGCGAACAGCGAACAAAUGCUGAAAUUUCUACAUUGGACGUUAACGAAACAAGUGUACAACUAGUAGAUCUCAGUACAUCACCGCCACACGAAACCCUAACGUUUGCAAAUCAAACUGACGUGCUACGACGCAUUCCUAAUUUAAGUGCUAGUCCUCCUAGUACUCAACGUUCAUCGUUAUUUAGCCAAUAUUCACGUUCGUCAUCAAGUGACGAUUGUAGUUUAAGCAUUAGUACCAAUGGUGGCGGCGGUAAUUAUAUUUCUCAUUCCAAUAACUUUGACGAUGGUGCAGAGAAUUUUGUGAUAAAUUUUCCAGCAGAUACCGCCUCAUUGCCCUCAUAUAAGAAUAACGAUUGCAUUAUUAAUCUUCCAUUGUCUGAAACUGAACCACUGCUGACAAAUAUUGAAGCCACCGUUAACGAUAGCGAACGUUCGAUAUAUUUGCACAAAAAUAGCAGUUCGCUGAUAUUUACCAAAAAAGAAUUGCCCAAUACGUUGACAUCGUCCACAUCUUCACUCGCAAACAAUAAUUUAAGACGCACUUCACUAGCGACUAUCACAGUUAAUAAUAAAUCUACUGCUUUUCCUUUGGCUCAACUACGACGAAAUCAUUCCAGUUUACGUUCCAGUUCUGAAGAGAAUCAUAAACGUAAACCGACAAAGCAUUUGCCAGCAUCGUAUCAACAAUUACAACGACGUAGUUUACAAUUAAAUUACAACAACAAUCUGAUAACUACCUCGACGUGUAGUGUACAUCGUAAUAAUAAUCAGUGUUGUGGCGGUAACACGGCAUCCAAUUCGGCCGUGCUUCAUAAAUUACAACAAAGUAAUAGAACUAAAUCGCACACGACAAAUGUUAAACUUUCAUCAGAUGCUGUGGGAACAAUAACAUCAGCCGGUGCAUCACGUAGACAAUAUUCGUAUUCUUGGUACGCUCCAGUGUAUAGUGCUCUUGAGGAGGAACUAGAACAAGAUUCUAGGGACUCCUCACCAAUACACAACCUGGCCAACCCAAAGAAGAAGCAAAUCAAUAAUUAUCACCAACAAAAAUCUAUAGCGACAACAGUAAGCGAUAACGAUACCGAGGUUCUUUUGGAGCCACACAAUCACAUCAAUAUUCAAGCACAAUUGCAUACAGCGAACAGCAAAAGAAAUAGUGGGUCAUUACAAGCGCCAGCAAAAUUAACUUUACCAUUGCAACACUCCUUAAAUUCUACUUUCAAGGGGAGGCAACCACGAACGGAAAGCAUCGGUUCUGUUGAAAGAGGUGAAUUUGGUUCUGUUCCAAAACUUGGCAGCUAUGAGACAGAGGGCCCUCAAGCAGGCUCGCUGGGGCUUGCGGGGGGCCCUCAACCUCGACGAAUACGUUUUGGUAAUUUUCUCAAAUCUUUGGUGGGUUUGCGGCCUUCAGUUAACAAUGUUCUGGUUCAAAAUUCAGAAUCUUAUAAUACAGCAAACGCAGCGUCUAAUGGUAGCGUUGCAGUUAAGACUAUGCCAUCGUCGCCAGAAAUUACGAUUACCCGAACACCCUCGGAACAAAAUGUGGUGGUAUUGCGGAAUCCAUCUGCCUCUCAUAGUAGCAGAGAAAAGCUAGCAAACGGUGGUAGCUCCACAUCCUUAAAUGUUAUGCAACAAAAGUUGUGGAACAUGAUGAAACGAGAUGGCAGUUCUAAUAGUUUAAAUCAUGAGAAAUCGCAAUCAAUCGUACAGUAUACCAAUCUUAGAAAAUGUGAAACUGUAUUGGCUCUCACUCGUCAGGCGAAUUCUUUGGGUUCGCCGACAUUAGAAGUGAGCUCGUCAAGUUCUGGUUAUCAUUUGAAUGAGAGCAACCACCAUGCACCCUAUACGGGUAGCGGAAUUUUUAGUGCCAAUGGUGUAGAACAAAUACGUCCAUUAAAUCGGCUGCGUAACAGUACAGUCAGCAUAAACGCUACCUGUUCGCGUUGUUCCAGUCUUCUAUCGAUGGCAGCUUCAGGGUCCAGGUACUCGCUAAAUGCAACACCAGGCUCCAUACCACACCUACGUAACCCUAGUAUUUUAAGCAGUAGUAAUUUAAGUAGCAACUAUAGUCGUAAUGGGGAUAAUAAUCUAGAAAAUUUGAGUAUUGCUAACAAAAGCAAUAAUAGAAUUAACUUCUGUGCGGGACGAAAAACUUUCGACUCUGGUGCCAAUAACGUAAUUAACAGUAGAACUUCAUCAGUUACCUCACCCACCACAACCAUCACCACAACCGCCUCGACUACGAAACUAACAUCACCGCCCACCGACCAAAUCCUAGCUGUAUCAUCACAUACAGCAUCGCCCAGAGAAGUUGCCCUUGCGACCGCAACAUUGCUCGGCCUAGCAAAGCCAACGACAACAACUGAACAAACCAUAGUUACAAGUGCGAUAUCCAAUGACGUAGUGGAUGGUGUUUCCAACAAUCAUGCUGGUAAUAUUGCAUCCGCUUAUGCGUCUUUAACCUCCCUCCACGCUUCGUUCCAUUCGGAUUCAUCCUCUGUUUUAGCAUCUGUCGCCAAAUCGAAUGCAAUAGCGAACGUGACUCUGUCAACAUCGCCAGAUGAGACCGCAACUGUAGAGUCAGCAACAGCAAUAAUGACGUCGUCAUCAUUAUCGCCAUCAUUAUCAUCAUCGGCAGCAGGAUUUCAAAAUAGUAGCACAAUUAAAGCACGUCCGUUUGAGAUAUUCACCUGUAAACUGUGUCUAGUUGAUGUCGAAAAUGCCAGUGACUCGACUAUUUUGCAACAGUGUGGCUGCCAGUUUUGCACGGAGUGCAUGCGAGCUUAUGUGGAAUUUGAAAUAUCCGAAGGCGCUUAUGAGAUCUCAUGUCCGGAUAGUCAAUGUCCGGCCCAAGGUGUUAUGACAUUGCCAGAAAUCGCUCACCUUACAACCAGCAAUUUAAUGAAAAAACAUCAUCGUUAUCGUUUAAAUCGAGAAAUUGAAUUGGAUAAAACUCGUACCUGGUGUCCACGCGCUGGAUGCGAGACAGUUUGUCUGAUUGGUACUAAUCAUCCACAGCAGCAGCAGCAGCAGCAGCAGCAGCAACAGCAACAGCAGCAUUCUGACUCUUUACCUUCUACGUCAAAUGCGCCAAAUGCUUCCGUAUCCUCUAGUUUUGGCAUCGUUAGCAACGAGUUAAAUGGCAAGAACAGUGACACGCUGAGUGCAACUACUCCGUUGUUAUGUGCCGUUCAGUGUCCUUCGUGUAAAGAUGAAUUUUGUUCUGCUUGCAAAAAGGCGUGGCAUCCGAAUAUUACUUGCGAGGAGCAUAGCCGCCGUUUGGUAGCAGAUGGCCAAGAUGAUAUUGGCAUACCUUUCGAUAAUGACCUUAUAAAAUGUUGUCCCAUGUGCGCUGUGCCCAUUGAGAAGGAUGAAGGCUGUGCUCAAAUGAUGUGUAAACGAUGCAAACAUGUUUUCUGUUGGUAUUGUUUGGCUAGUUUGGAUGAUGACUUUUUGUUACGGCAUUACGAUAAGGGACCAUGUAAAAAUAAACUUGGACAUUCCCGUGCUUCGGUGGUAUGGCAUCGAGCUCAAGUUAUUGGCAUUUUUGCCGGUUUUGGUAUUUUAUUAUUGGUAGCGUCGCCAUUACUAUUACUGGCGGCUCCAUGUAUUAUCUGCUGUAAAUGUCGCAGUUGUAGUGGCUCCAAAAUUGACGAGGGCGAUGGUGAAAUGGAUGAAGCUACAGCCUUGCAAAGUUUAAAUUAAACAAAAAAGAAAAGAAUAACGACUGGUACUAAAGUGAAAAAAACUGUGGAAAGUAAUGUGAAAAUGUAAAUUGAAGCAGCUAAACUAAAUGAAAUAAUAAUAAGCAAAUAUGUAAUAAAAAUUAUAUAGUGGAUAAUAAUA